GGAUGUCUCAGGCUUAGCUCUUUGAACUGGCGUGGGGUCAAAGGUUCAGGAGGAAGGCUGGUGGUGAGCAGGUCCCCGGCUUUUUAGCUUCAGACAGCCAUCCAUCCGGACCUCCCUUCCCCAGCCGGGAGUACCUGGAGCUCACAGCUCGGGCCUUUGCCGGCUUAGAAGUCGCGUUUGGAGACCUACGAGUUGUCAUCCGGCAGGCAUUCAGAAUGGUCCAGCGUUUGACCUACCGUCGUAGGCUGUCCUACAAUACAGCCUCUAAUAAAACUCGGCUGUCCCGAACCCCAGGUAAUAGAAUCGUUUACCUUUAUACCAAGAAGGUUGGGAAAGCACCAAAAUCAGCAUGUGGCGUGUGCCCAGGCCGACUUCGAGGAGUUCGUGCUGUGAGACCUAAAGUGCUUAUGAGGUUGUCUAAAACGAAAAAACAUGUCAGCAGGGCCUACGGUGGUUCCAUGUGUGCCAAGUGUGUUCGUGACAGGAUCAAGCGUGCUUUCCUUAUCGAGGAGCAGAAAAUCGUUGUGAAAGUGUUGAAGGCACAAGCACAGAGCCAGAAAGCUAAAUAAAAAAAAAAAAAUGAAGCUCUUUUGAGUAAUAAAAAAAUCAAAAGGC